AUGAUGCUCCACCAGACGAGAGACGCUAGUCACCUGGAAGCUGUGGAACGUGCCUGGGCGUCGUUGCUUCGUCUUCACCCGGCCUUCCGGCUCCGCGGUAGCGUGGACGACGGCAGGAUUCGCCCGGAGAUCCCGGAGACUGGUACCGAGCAAGAAACUCUCGUGGUCCGCAGAGAGAUCUCGUCUUCCCGAGAACCACAGGACGAGGCCAAGGAGAUCAACGCUGCACCAUAUUGCAUAAUAGCUGUGCGUCACCUCGCGAUCAACAUCAAGACCGGCGUAUAG